AUGCUGACCUACACAUAUGCCGAGGCCGAGUGGGAUGCUGUCCUCCACGAUGACGAGUCAGUCCAGGCCGAGGCCGAUCGGUUGAACAACCCAAAGAUGGACAAAUCCACUCAGGAAUUGGUUCAGUGGGUUAAAGAUCUUUAUGCCUCUGGUGCAAAGCUGUGGACGAAGGCGAUGCUAUCCGAUAUCGAAGCUGAACUAGCGCAAAACCCGCUUCCAGAGACAAUUUCUAUACGAAGCAUGAAUGGAAAGAGUAUCGGACAACUUGUGCCUUCCCCACCACCAAUCAAAAUUUCUGGUGGUGAUGAAAUUCCUUCGAUCGCACUUAGAUUUGAAUUGUACCAAAGGAUCAUCGAGAGAGCAGAGCAAAGUAUGUUGGAGUCUAAUAGGGACCACUAUUCCCGUUUCACUCAGGAAGAAAUCCAAACACUCGCCACUCGAGGUGUUAAGAUAUGUUUUUCAACGUUUGGAAAAUCAAAUGCCGAGUAUUCCAAGGUGCAGCAAUCCUGGACCCAAGCUCGACAGAAUUGGCUCAACAGCAGCCUUUGUAAGGAGCUAUGUGCGAUUAUUGGAAGUACUGUUGAUAAAUCAAGAGCAGUCACAAGAAUUGUCUGCUUCGGGCUGGGAAGUCUAGCCAGAUCUAUUGAAGAUCCCAUUCGUAUGGCGGAUGACGGUCUACCGGUUCAUGGCCCGGGAACGCAACAUGCUGCAGCACUUACAUUGUCAACAAUUCUAGGCGAACGAUUGGGCAGAGAGCCACUUCCGAUUAUGGUUCAGGAUCCAGCGUAUAGCGAGGCUGACAAGAAAGUAUUGGAAGAAGUCGGCAUCGAGGUGAUAGGUGGCUUCGGGUCUCUCGGAUUCACGCAUGUUGAUGAAGAGACACUCGUGUUCAGUUGUCAUCCCAAUAUACCAGUGAGGCAGAUUGUGGCUGACAUCGCCAAGCCAGCGGCCAUGAUAUGGAAUAAAGGUCGAUAUUCUGAAGAAAAAGCUGAAUACAAAGUCAUUACGAGGCAAGGGAAGGAGGGAUUAUCUGCACCAUAUUAUACCGACCACGACUCGCCCCGCACAGCGAAACUACUCCAAGACUAUGACGAAUUUGAGUUGCCUAAUUGUUACUCUCGCUUUGGUGAUCUGGCCAUCUACGUGCGGAAGGGAUGA